ACCUUUUUUCCCCAAGCAUAUAUUUAUUCUUCCCCGGCUACUGUUUUUUGCCCACAAAAUCUUAACCUGCCUUCACAUCAGCAUCAAAAUCACUCCACUGAACCAACUGAAAGAGGAGCCAGACAGUCUAAUUCAUGCCGGUUAGAAACUUCACUUUCAGGAUCUGAAAAUGAGGGCCCUGGCUUCCACAGUUCAAAAGCUUUCAUGAUGCGGAAGUACAAAAUGAUGAAAUUGUCCAAUUCUGGAACAGAAGUCCAGGAAGCCAACAGUAAUUCUGCUUGCAAAGGCCUGCCUAGAAAAUUCUUGCUACCAUCUGAUGCAGCACAGUCGCUACCUCCUAGUGCUCCAGAAUCAUCUCCAACCCUUGGGGAAGCUAAUGUGUCUUUGGCAAGUGCUGAUGAGCACGCACCUAAUGGAUCUGGGCAACACUUUUCUGAACUUCAUCGGUUGGUGCGAGCAGCUAUCACCAAUUCAGUAGCAAGAUCUCCAUCUAACUUGCUUGAGGACUGGCUAGAGAAAACUAAGGAUUCAGAGAAAAGCAAGACUCCAGCAAAGGCCAAAUCUGGUUCUAGACCAAAUGACCCAUCUCCAGAAUUACCUUGUCAUGACAUAUGGCAAGAGUUUGACGGGGUUCGUUUAUGUCUUUAUAAGCUGCUGUCUCAGUUGGAGACUUUUAUGUUUACUCGGAGUUGCCCUUUUCCCCAUGUAAUACGGGCAGGUGCAAUUUUUAUUCCAAUUCACCUGGUAAAAGAAGUUUUGUUUGCAGAACUGGGCUCAUCUGUAGAUCGUGUUUUGCAGAAGCACAAGGUAGAACUUCGCCCCACUACUUUGUCUGAAGAAAAACUGCUCAGAGAAACUGAACUAAAAGACUGCCCAUCUCGCAUGCUAAAAUUGCUAGCUCUUAAACAGUUGCCUGAUGUUUACCCAGAUCUGUUGCACCUAUAUUGUGAACAUACCAUUCAGAAUCAUCUUGAUAGUUGCUCCACAAGAGACUUUGAAAAAUCGGAAUGCCAUGCAUCCAAAUCAUCAAAGGAGCCACAUACUGCAUCACCCAGGAAAGGCAAGGCUUCCCUAAUAAUAAGGCUACAGCAAGUCUGUAAGUCCCCAGGAAGCCGCGUUUACAAGGCCUUACAACUGAAGCCUCUGGAGAAAAGAGGUGCAGAGAAGCUACAGACAAGAAAAGUGUGCCGUAAAAAAAGCUACAGAGACCGAACACUAAUCACUUAUAAGCGUAGAAGAAGGGUUUGGGCCACGCACAGCAAAAGUAAAGGUUUCCCAGAUUUAGUGGGGAAGCGCAUCCUACAUUUAUUCGAUGAUGGUGAGCGUGAAACUUGGUUCCCAGGUAGAGUCUUGCGCGUGCACCGCCGUUCCCGCAAACUACGAGACACACAGUUUGAGGUGUGGUAUGAUGCUGAACCUGGCACACGUUAUUUCUUAGAAUUACUACAGGACUAUGAAAAAGGAUGGCUAAAACUGGACAGUUAAUUUACCAUGAUCAAUCACACCAACCGGGCAGGCCUGGAGCACAGUGAUUUGCUUGAACUAUUCUGUUUGAAGUUUCUCUUUCUUAUUUGUGGAGGCUAUAAUGUGAUUUCUGAAAGAAAUCCAGCAGUCUUUCAUUUUUAACUGUUUUUUUAUUGUUUUUUUUUUUUUUAUUUUAACAUGGUUUUUAUCCAGGUAUUGGCAAUGUAUUGUGUUAGUAAAUAUUGGAGAACAAGUUUCUCUUUUAUAUAAAAAGGUGCCUUUCAUAUUUGUUGUAUUUGUGUAUGUAUUAUUUAAGGUUCUGUUAUAUGUAAAGUUAAAAAAUGUGAAUAAUGCCAGCAAUCUUGGAUUGAAGGCUUGCUGUAUUGUCGUUAAACACUAUUGUUUACACAUCAGGCAGACCUGGGCUGCUUUUACAACAUUAAGAUGAUGGCCUUAACUGCACACAAGCUUGU